AACAACAUACGGGACAGUUAUCGCUAAUGUUUCUCAUAUAUUACCUGUAAUGUUUAAGGUCAAUAUAAAAAGCAGCAGUACAGUUAGUCAUGAUUUCAGUAAAGAAUUAACUAUUGGAAAGCUUGUCUCCAGAAAUUGCAGGCAAGAGAAGGAGAACAAACGCUAGAAGUAUCAGUUUCUGUGAGAUAGUGCGACAAUAUGGAUAAAGACACGAGCGACAUGAAGCCAAACCCCAAAGAGACCGCAAAUGUCUUCAGUGUUCUAUUCUUCUGGUGGAUGCGAGAACUAUUUAUGAUAAGCUUCAAGCGUAAUUUGGAGGAAUCCGACAUUUAUCGACCAAUCAAGGCAGACGAAUCUGAAAAAUUGACCGAUCAUCUUGAGAAAUACUGGAAUCUCGAGCUGGAUAAACUAAAGAACUUGGAAUAUGUCGUGGGAAAAAAUGGGCAGAAGGUGCCGCUGAAAAAGGAGUCUCGUCCAAAAUUGUACAAGGCGGUCUACAAAACCUUUUGGUUGCCAUAUUUCAUAAUCGGAAUCUGCUCAUUUAUCCAAUGUAGCGUAGUACGUGUAAUGGUACCAAUCUUGCAAAGUUGGAUCAUCAAGUACUUCAUUAGUGAUCCUAACGCAGAACAUAAAAUCUCAACGAACGAAGUGAUAGUCUACAUCAUCUUCCUGGUCAUUACCAAUGCCAUCGGCAUUAUGUUGUUACACCACACAAUCAUGCAAUCGUUACAUGUUGGUAUGAGGAUACGUGUCGCUUGCAGUUCUCUUCUCUAUCGGAAGUUAUUACGGUUGAACACAGCAGCCAUGAACCAAACCGGUACCGGACAAAUCAUGAAUCUUCUCAGCAAUGAUGUCAUUCGCUUCGAUCAAUUAACAAUGUUCCUGAAUUACAUAUGGAUCAUGCCUUUUACGGUAAUCCUUUAUUUCGUGAAAGUAUUGUAUCACAGAACAAUAAUGUGGCAAAAAGUCGGUAUUUCGAGUUUUGUCGGCAUCGGGACAUUGUUAAUCAUCGUCCUCCCAAGGCAAGGGACUUUGAGCUUCUUGAAUCUCAGAACCAUGAUUGCGCCACUGACCGACUGA